UGAUAGAAUUGCAGAAUUUCUAUCUAAAUUAUUUGAAAAAUGGAACUUAAUCGACAAAGUAAUUGCAGAAGUUAGUGAUAAUGCAAGAAAUAUGAUAAAUGCAUUUCAAUCAUUUAAUUAUCAACCUAAAAUACUUAAUAAUGCACUUGUUUGUCGAGAUAAAUAUCGCGAAACUCUUCGAAAUGUUCAACAAUUAAUUAACAAGAAUAAUUCAAAGAUUCUUGACCCAAUUCAGGAUGUUACAACAAGGUGGAACUCUAAUUAUGCUGUAUUACAACGACUUCUUUUCCUUAAAAAUGCAAUAUAUUCUUUAGAUUUAUUAAAUUUAUUAAAACCCUUUGUUCAAAUCACGGAUAUUAUUGGGGGAAGUACAUAUCCAACAUUAAUAGCAGUUAUAAUAAUCCGAGUAAGAGAUUCUAUUGAAGAACAAAUAUUAAAUCGUUGGCAAGAUAUUUGA